UAUGACAGAAUAUAAUAAACAUGAUAGAAUAAAAAUAAACAUGAUAGAAUAGAAUGCCUUGUGUUCUGUCGUCGUUGGAAACCCGUUAAACGACAAUGUUAUAGAAUUAAUAUUUAUUAGAACAGUGGUUGAAGUCUUAUCGUUUAAACGUUCUGAAGCUUGCAGCGCUUUUGAAAUAGGCUCGAAGUUUCGAACUUGUCCAGACCACCGGUACGCGGAAAGACAAUGACAUUCAUAACGUGGCCCUUCCCUGCACAUACGUGGUUUAUUUUCUGAUUUUGUCAAGUUCAGUAAAACGUGAGAUUAUUUCCCCUCGUCUGGAGGGUCUGGAGCAACGACUGUGACGGGAGCGCGCCGGCCGGGGCUGACUGGCCGCCCGAACCGGCCGGCGGCUGCUCGGUAUCGGCGCGGCGCGGCGUGCGUCACCGUAAGGCUCCGGAAGGUCAGCUCAGGUCAAGCGGGCUGUUAAUGUCCGCUUUUGGUCAAAUCGGAAUGCUGGGCUCUUGAAAAAGGCAUAUCAAUCCUUCGCUUUGUUUUGCGAUUUUUUUUUGCGUGACUGAAAAAACCAUGAAUGAUGAGCAAGGGCAGAACUUGCAGCUACUCGGCAGCUGGGCUGGUUCGUUCCCAGUGUGCCUCGUCUUCUGGAUCCCGUCAUGAAUGAGACGCUUUCCAAUAGCCACAGCCUUUUCCUGAACGACGACGCCAAAGAGGCUGACCUCCCCGACAGACGCUCACAGCCUCGGGACAUGCCGACCGCACCAUCCAGGCCCUGCCAGGGCGUCCGGAACUUCGUUUGCCGGAACGCCUUUGUGAUCGUCACUGUGGUUUCGGUGGCGCUAGGCAAGCAGUCCAAUGACAUUCAGCACCGUAUUUACAGCUCUCAGCCUAUCUUCACAUUUAUUUAUUUACCUAAAGCAACAUACAAUUGUUCAAGCAGGGUUGCCCUUGAGGAAUUUGGAUAUAGCACCUUGGUGCAGGGCCCAACAUCACUCUGCAGACUGCAAGAUCUGAACUGGCAACCUGUUCUAACCCACUGAGCCGCUCCUAGUUAUGACAUACGGAGACUUUUGCGCCUUAUUUUGCUUGCUGGGUAAUUAUGUUGCAAAGUUAUGGCUUUAAAUGUUUGGCAGUGAUGCUGAUCUCCCUGUUCAUGUGUCACCUAGGAGUCUUGGUGGGCUUGGUACUGCGUCCCCGCGAUUUGUCCCUCAGAGAGAUAAAGUAUUUCACCUUCCCUGGAGAGCUUCUCAUGAGGAUGCUGCAGAUGCUGGUCCUGCCACUCAUUGUGUCCAGCUUGGUCACAGGGAUGUCCUCUCUGGACAGCAAAGCAUCUGGAAGGAUGGGAAUGCGGACUGUUGUGUAUUAUAUGCUGACCACCAUCAUCGCAGUCUUUACCGGCAUUGCCGUCGUGAUGCUGCUUAAGCCCGGGGAGGGUGGCAGGGAAAGUCCGGCGUCCUCUAGCAGCAGCAUUCAGUCAGUGCAAGCAGUUGAUGCCUUUCUGGAUCUGAUCAGAAAUAUGUUCCCUCCUAAUUUAGUGGAAGCUUGUUUCAAGCAGUACAAAACGCUGUACUCCAGACGCAUGACCCAGAGCAAUGUGACCCUGCCAGGUAACGAGAGUGAGGCUAACAUCAGCGGGGUCCUGCUGACCAGCGUCCUGCAGACUUUGGAGGAAACUGUUCCUACGGCAGGCUCCUCUAGUGGGGUCAACGCCUUGGGUCUGGUGGUUUUCUCUAUGUGCUUUGGAUUGGUCAUCGGAAACAUGAAGGACAAGGGCAGAGUCCUGCGAGACUUCUUUGACUGUCUCAAUGAAGCCAUCUUGCGUCUGGUGGCCGUCAUCAUCUGGUACACUCCGGUGGGGAUUCUCUUCCUGAUCGCAGGGAAGAUAGUGGAGAUGAAGGAUUUGGCCCAGAUGGGGGGGCAGCUGGGGAUGUACACGCUGUCAGUCAUCCUCGGCCUCCUCCUUCACGGUCUCAUCGUCCUGCCGCUGAUCUACUUCGCUGUCACACGCAAGAACCCCUUUAUGUUUAUGGGGGGGCUGCUGCAGGCUCUAAUGACUGCAUUAGGCACUUCGUCCAGCUCGGCAACGCUACCCAUAACCUUUCGCUGCCUGGAGGAAAACAACAUGGUGGACAAGCGGGUGACACGCUUUGUGCUUCCUGUGGGCGCCACCGUAAAUAUGGACGGCACCGCGUUGUACGAAGCUGUGGCCGCCAUUUUCAUCGCCCAGGUCAACCAGGUGGCGCUAAACUUUGGCCAGAUUCUCACCAUCAGUAUCACGGCAACAGCUGCCAGCAUCGGAGCCGCAGGCAUUCCUCAAGCAGGUCUGGUAACCAUGGUGAUUGUAUUGACAUCAGUCGGACUGCCCACGGAGGACAUAUCGUUGAUCAUCGCUGUGGAUUGGUUCCUUGAUCGCCUGAGGACCACUGCGAACGUUCUGGGAGACUCUCUCGGCGCCGGAAUCGUGGAGCACCUCUCCCGCCGGGAGCUGCAGACUCACGACACUGAGAUAUGCCGCUCUGUCGUCGUGGAGAGUGAGGAGCCCGUCCAGAGCAUCUGUCUGGGCAACGACAUCCAUGAACGUCGCAAUAACCCUGACUGUUCAAGCAGUAAAGAGCAACCUCUGCAUCGUAUCUGAGGUCCUAAUCCCCCUUCCCAUCUACAUACCAGGGAAGAGAGAGAUUAGCAGCAUGGCGAGAUCUGCAGUCAAUGUGAUUAGCUCAUUUCAUAAAGCCAGUUUACCUCAAACAUGUACACAGGGCUCUCCAGUCCAGCCAAGAACUAUUCAUAUCUUAUAGUUUGAUAUGAUAAGCCAUUUAUAAGCUAAAUUAUUUUUCACUAUUGUUAAUAUUCCAUUUUCCCUGUGCCGGAAUCAAGUGCCAUAAAGCAGGCACAUUCUUAUUGGGGGAUACUAGGUACCCCUUCUCGAUAACUGGGGGGGAACCCCCAGUUGACAAAAUGUACUCUAAGCCACAUGCCUCUAGAAAAUCUGCACGGCCCUGCUACCAUAGUGCUGCCUUUGGUGCAGAGCUUGUCAGGGUCAGCACCGUCCAUCAGGUCCUCCCUGUGUCCUUCAAGCCCUUAGCGUGUUGCCCCAGCUCCCCAGACUGCUGCAUGGCUCUAUAGGCAGAGAUUGUGGCUAUAAGACCUUUGGUCAUGAGUUUAAGACCAGCUUCUUCUUUAUUUGUAAUUAUUUUGUUCCCCAGUGUUUAUUUUCUAUUUUAGUUUUCUUGUUCCUAGUUUUUGGUUUGGGUUCUGUUUUCGGUCUUUUGAUUAUGUAUUACUAACCCUAACCCUGUUGGUCUCUGGGUUCCUUGAUUAAGUUUAUUUGACCCCCCUGUUUCCCUGUGCAUCAUGAUUAUUCUACCUGAUUGCUCGUUAUCCUGCACCCAUUCUGAUUGGUUAAUUGUUCCAUGUCUCACUCCCACUGCUUUGUAACCUGCUUCGGUUUGUGUAUUUACAGUAUGUUCCUGCCUUAGUUCGGUUAGUCUUUGCGUUAAGUGUUUCUCUGUGCUGUAUUAUGAGUUUGUGCUACGGUCCCUUGCCUGUUCCUGGGCCUUGUGUCCUUAUCAUUUCUUAUACAGUGGUACCUCAGUUCUCAAACUCAUUAGAACUCGAAUUUCUUAAAAGUCGAACCAACCAGUUCGAAAAAAAAUCUGAAUUCUGAAUCUCAGAAGUCAAACCGUGA